UUUACAGGGAACCAACUUUAGCAGUACACAGAUCAGGGACAUGGGGUCUGCUCUGCCCCUAUCUAAAAAACCCUGCCGCACUAUAAAAUAAAUACCCCACCAAACCCUUCCACACAGCCAUCCCUGAACCCUUCCCAUGCAGUCUGUGUAAGCCAUUUAAAUGAUAAACAUGCUGGGCAUGUACGUGCCAGACAGAUUUUCCCUGAAGUCUUCCAAAGUCCAAGACGGGAUGGGGCUCUAUACCAGCAGGAGAGUCAAAAAGGGUGAAAAAUUUGGUCCAUUUGCUGGAGAAAAGCGAAUACCCAAUGAAGUGGAUGAAAAUAUGGAUAAUAGAUUGAUGUGGCAGGUUUGUGGAAAUAAGGGAGAUGUUCUGUAUGUUUUGGACGCCACUAACCCACGUCAUUCCAACUGGUUACGCUUUGUCCAUGCAGCUCCAUCCCAAGAACAGAAGAACUUGGCAGCCAUUCAGGAAGGAGAGAACAUAUUCUAUCUUGCCAUCGAUGACAUAGAAACCGAUACUGAAUUACUCAUUGGCUACUUGGAUAGUGAUAUGGAGGAAGCUGAAGAAGAAAGUGAAGAAAUAAAUACUGUUACCAGCAAAGAAGAGGACGACAAUUCCAAAGAGGCUCAACAGUCAGGAGAAAAAGAAUUCAUUAACUAUAAAGAGGAUCAUGGCUGCCCACUAUGUGAGUCUAGUUUUCCAAGUCAGGAGAUCCUAGCAGAACAUCUCCAAGCUCUUCAUCAGAAACCAAGCGAGGAAAAGGAAUUCAAAUGUAGGAACUGUGGGAAGAAAUUUCCGGUGAAACAGGCUCUGCAGCGACAUGUGCUGCAGUGCACAGAAAAUAUCAUCUCUGGAGACACAUCAGGAAGUUAUCAUUGUUCAGUUUGCAACAUCUCCUUUGGCUCAUCGUUGAGUUUUGAGCAGCACAAGGAAGCAUGUAAAGGGGAUACUAGGUUCAUAUGUAAGGCUGACAGCUGUGGGAAGAGGUUCCGAAGCAAAGAUACACUGAAAAAACACAAAGAGAACGUUCAUACGGGAAACUCUAGGAAGAAGCUGAUGUGCUCAGUAUGUAAUAAGAAAUGUUCUUCGUCAAUCAACCUUCAAGAGCAUCGAAAGGUUCAUGAAAUCUUUGAGUGUCAGGAUUGUGACAAGAAAUUUAUUUCAGCAAACCAACUUAGACGGCAUAUGAUAACCCACUCAGAAAAGCGCCCCUACACCUGUGAGGUUUGCUGUAAGUCCUUCAAACGACUUGAUCAAGUGACCGCACACAAAAUUAUACACAGCGAAGACAAACCUUACCAGUGCAAGCUCUGUGGAAAGGGAUUUGCCCACAGAAAUGUUUACAAGAAUCAUAAAAAGACCCAUUCUGAAGAGAGACCCUUCCAGUGCGAGGAAUGCAAAGCACUGUUCCGCACACCAUUCUCUUUGCAGAGACACCUUCUGAUACAUAACAGUGAACGCACUUUUAAAUGUGAUCAUUGUGAUGCUACAUUCAAAAGGAAGGACACAUUAAACGUUCAUAUUCAAGUAGUACAUGAUGGACACAAGAAGUAUAAAUGUGAUCUAUGUGACAAAGCCUUUGUAACCCCUUCAGUACUAAAGAGCCAUAAAAAAACUCACACAGGGGAGAAAGAGAAGAUUUGUCCUUAUUGCGGUCAGAAAUUUGCAAGUAAUGGAACCCUUCGUGUCCAUAUACGAAGCCACACAGGUGAGCGCCCCUACCAGUGUCCUUACUGUGAUAAAGCCUUCAGCAAGAAUGAUGGGUUAAAAAUGCACAUUCGGACUCACACAAGGGAAAAGCCAUAUCAGUGCAGCCAAUGUAAUAAGGCUUUUAGCCAGAAACGGGGCCUAGAUGAGCAUAUGAGGACUCACACGGGAGAAAAACCAUUCCAAUGUGAUGUUUGUGAUCUGUCCUUCAGCCUUAAAAAGAUGUUGAUCCGACACAAAUUGACUCACAACCCAAAUCGUCCAAUGGCAGAAUGUCAACUUUGUCACAAGAAGUUUACAAGGAAUGACUACCUCAAAGUGCACAUGGAGAAUGUGCAUGGAGAAACAGACAGUUAAUUGGUAGCUGACAGUACUUCUAAAUAUAUGUGAAAUGUAGCCGUAUCCAUUCCGAAGCAAUGUUUGAACACUAUUGAAAAAAAAUGUGUAUUAUAAAAGUAUUAUAUUUUAAGAGGCAUUUACCUGGAUCCACACAAUGGUUUAUUUAAAAUAAACAGAUUCACAAAACUAGUGAAAAAAAGUGGCAUUAUUAAGAAACAAAUAGUUAAUUCACAGUUUAAAGGAUUUUUAAAUACAAUGACCAAAAAAGGAAUGGUUAAGCUACGUACCUGUUAUGGAAAACCUGACAAUCUUAAAAACAUUGUCAGAAAGAAAAGGCACAAAAUGCACCUCUUAUUUGAUACAUUUCUGGAAUAAAAAAAAUGUAUAAAAGUGCACUGUGAAAUAUUUUCUGCAUACAAGGGAAUAAAUAGGCUCAAAUUGUAAAAGAUCCAAAACAAAAAUAUACAUAAAAGUGGUCACAACACUUUUUAUUCCUUACCCCAGUGUUUUAAAAUAUAUUGCUAAAUGUCCCCAUUACGUACUAGUGCUUUAAAAAUGUGUUCUGUGUUUAAUGUACAAAUCAAAUUUGUAUCCUUGUUUUGUCACACAGUUCUUGUCAUCUACCUGAUUUCUGUCCUAUGUGGCUGGUAUGAUAAAACCGUUUGUAGACUUUGAAUUAUGUUGUUUUGGUGAAUUAUGCUUUGAAUAAAAUUCUAAUUGAACAAUAA